UCAGUUCAGUGCAUUUGGAGCUGCGCACAGUUAUGCCUUCCUGAACUAUUAGAAACAGAACUGUACUCUGCACUCGCACCCGUCUCGUCCUGUGCAAGUGGAGACCCGGCUGAUUUUUAAAUCGGGUAUCGUUAAAUACGACGGAAAGCUCACUGCAGAGAGAAGUGCGUUGCGCUUGCUGGCACAUGCCAGUGUUAGCCUGCGUGAUCCUUACAUCAUCCCUUUAUUGGAGAGAGAGAGAGAGAGAGACAGAGAGAGAGAGAGAGAGAGAGAGCGAGAGAGAGAGAGAGCGCGAGAGAGACAAAUGGGGGGAGUAGAGAGCGAAUAGGGAGUCCUUGCAGCCUGGAUCCUCUUGCCAGUCUUCUGCUGAGAAGCAAGUCUGACGCACCGAUUGGCGUUGCCACCUCUCUGCUGUUUCUUUUUCCCACCAACUGUUUCCUCUCCCUCUCCCGUUGAGUUGCGUCCACGCCGGCCGUUAAACAUGCACCGGCACCGUCCUGCCCGGGGACUGACGUUGUUAUUGCACGUCGCGUUGUGGAUUUUCAGCCAUGUCAACGGCGUGCACGGAGCUUUGCCAACAACUCAGAAGUGUGAUGAAGCUCUGGCCUCUCCUCUUCCUCACACAGCCUUCACCAGCUCGUCCGUCUUCUCCAACGGAUACGCACCUGGAUAUGCUAAGCUCAACAGGAGAGGAGGUGCUGGAGGAUGGUCACCUCUGGACAGUGACCAUUACCAGUGGCUACAGGUGGACAUGGGUUCAAGAAAGCAGGUGAGCGCCAUAGCAACACAGGGACGAUACAGCAGCUCUGAUUGGACGACACGAUACCGUCUCCUCUACAGCGAUACAGGAAGGAACUGGAAACCAUAUCACCAAGAUGGCAACAUUUGGGCCUUCUCUGGGAACUCCAACUCGGAGAGCUCAGUCCGCCAUGAGCUGCAGCAGGGAAUCGUUGCACGCUUUCUGCGGCUCGUCCCGCUGGACUGGAGCGAGGAAGGACGGAUCGGGCUGCGCAUAGAAGUUUAUGGCUGCUCCUACUGGGCGGGAGUGAUCAACUUUGAUGGACAGAGUGUCAUCUCAUAUCGAUUUAAGGUGAAGAAGAUGAAGAUCAUUAAAGAUGUGAUUGCGUUGAGGUUCAAGACGUCAGAGAGCGACGGUGUGAUUCUUCAUGGGGAGGGCCAACAGGGAGACUACAUUACCCUGGAGCUUCGCAAGGCCAAACUACUGCUGCAGAUAAACCUGGGCAGUAAUCAGUACGGCUCUAUCCUGGGUCAUACCUCCGUGACCACCGGCAGCCUUUUGGACGACAAUCACUGGCACUCAGUGGUUCUUGAACGAUACCGUCGUAACGUCAACUUCACCUUGGACAGACACACUCAGCACUUCAGGACCAACGGAGAGUUCGACCACCUUGAUUUGGACUAUGAGCUGAGCUUUGGAGGGAUGCCAUACAGCGGGAAGCCAUCGGGAGGAGGGAGGAAGAACUUCAAAGGUUGCAUGGAGAGCAUCAACUACAACGGAGACAACAUCACAGACCUGGCCCGCAGAAAGAAGCUCGACACCUCCAGCUUUCGUAACCUGUCCUUCUCCUGCGUGGAGACCCACACCUUCCCGGUCUUUUUUAACGCCACCAGCUUCCUGCAGCUGCCAGGACGAGCCAAUCACAACACGAUAUCUGUGAGCUUCCAGUUUCGCACGUGGAACCCCGAUGGACUGCUUCUUUUCAGUAACCUCGAUGAUGGCACUCUGGAGAUCUCCCUGGAGGAGAGCAAGGUGGUAGUUCAUGUCAACGUGACAAAGGGGACCAGCAACAACCGGGCCGACUUAUCAUCAGGUUCAAGCCUUAACGACGGCCAAUGGCACUCAAUACGUUUGGUCGCCAAGGAGAACUUUGCCAUGUUGACGAUAGACGGCGAGGAGGCGUCUGCUGUGAGCUCCACUUCACCUCUCAGCAUCACCACAGGAGGAACCUAUCACUUGGGAGGGUAUUUCCUCCAGACGCCGUUCCCUCCCUCCCUGCGUUCCUUCCAGGGCUGCAUGCAAGCGAUCCUUUUGGACGACCAACCAGCUGAUUUGCACGCUGUAGAGAAAGGCACCAUGGGAGCUUUUGAGAACGUCAGCCUGGACAUGUGUGCAAUCAUAGACAGAUGUAUGCCUAAUCACUGUGAACAUGGCGGUCGCUGUAAACAGACAUGGGACAGUUUCAGCUGUACCUGUGACGGAACAGGAUACACAGGAGCCACCUGUCACACAUCUAUCUAUGAGCCAUCCUGUGAAGCCUAUAAGCAUUUGGGGAGAUCAUCUGACACCUACUGGAUCGACCCUGACGGCAGCGGACCCCUCGGCCCCUUUAAAGUCAAUUGCAACAUGACAGAGGACAAAGUGUGGACAACAGUGAUGAACAACCUGCCCCCAAAAACCACAGUGACUGGCUCCAGUAGAGAGAGGCGAACCGUCCUACAGGUGAACUACAGCACCUCCAUGGACCAGAUGACAGCCAUCACCACCAGUGCAGAAAGCUGUGAGCAGCAAAUCGCCUACAGCUGUCGCAUGUCCAGACUGCUCAACACUCCAGAUGGGACUCCCUACACUUGGUGGGUGGGUCGUGGCAGUGAGAAGCAUUUCUACUGGGGGGGCUCCGUGCCUGGAGUCCAGAAAUGUGCCUGCGGCAUCGACAGAAACUGCACUGACCAAAAGUACGACUGCAACUGUGACGCUGACCACAAGCAAUGGAGAGAAGAUUCUGGUCUCCUGAUUAAUAAGGAACACCUACCGGUCAGCCAGGUUGCCGUGGGCGACACUAACAGACCAGGCUCUGAGGCUAAGCUGACCGUUGGACCACUCCGUUGCCAAGGAGACAAUAACUACUGGAACGCUGCCUCUUUCACCACCCCGUCAUCCUACCUGCACUUUGCCACCUUCCAGGGUGAGACCAGCGCUGACAUCUCCUUCUAUUUUAAGACCAGCGCACCCUAUGGAGUCUUUCUGGAGAACCUGGGCAACACUGACUUCAUUCGCUUGGAGCUCAGAUCUCCAAAAGUCAUCUCCUUCUCCUUUGACGUUGGAAACGGACCCGUAGAGCUAACGGUCCACUCUGCCACGCCCCUCAAUGACGACCAGUGGCAUAGUGUGACGGCUGAGCGAAACGUCAAAGAGGCGGUCCUUCAGCUGGAUCAGAUGUAUCGGGUGAAUCAGCUCGCUCCUGCACAAGGACACACACGGCUAGAGCUGUUCAGCCAGCUCUACGUGGGUGCUGCCGGGGGGCAGAGGGGCUUCCUGGGAUGUAUCCGAGCCCUUCGGAUGAACGGCAUCACCCUGGACCUGGAAGAGAGGGCCGAGGUCACGCCUGGGGUCAAACCUGGCUGCCAAGGCCACUGUACCAGUUUUGGGAUGUACUGCCAGAAUGGAGGGAAGUGUGUGGAGAAAUACAACGGAUACCUGUGUGACUGCACUGACACCGCGUACGAUGGGCCAUUCUGCACCAGAGACGUUGGGGGUUUCUUUGAGGCAGGAACUCUGGUCAAGUACAACUUCAUGCCUGAAGCAGUCGCAGGAGCCAGCAGAGACUCAAAGAUCCCGACGCACCAGCUCACGCCACAGGAAGUGAAUCUAACAAAGGAGGAAGUGGCCUUCAGUUUCAGCACGUCCAAUGCUCCAGCUAUUCUGAUGUAUGUCAGUUCCAAGACACAGGACUACCUGGCUGUGGUUUUAAGGCACAAUGGUUCACUGCAGGUGAGGUACAACCUAGGAGGUCUGAGGGAGCCGUUCUCCAUAGACGUGGAUCAACGUAACCUGGCCAACGGACAGCCACACAGCAUCAACAUGUCCCGAGUUGACAGAAGCAUCACCAUCCAGUUGGAUCAUUACCCUCCUGUCACCUACACCCUCCCAGACUCCUCAGACACACAGUUCAACCUGGUCAAGACUCUGUUCCUGGGCAAAGUCUUUGAAACCGGACACAUAGACCCCAUCCUCAUCGAGCGCUACAACACCCCAGGCUUCAUUGGCUGUCUGUCACGGGUGCAGUUCAACGAAGUUGCCCCCCUCAAGUCAGCACUGAGAACUGCUGCACAGGCCCAGGCCACGCCAACAGCCACAGCCAAUCAGCCGAACAGCCAACCUGCAGCUGCCUCUCCGGGGUCGUACCAGGGAAAACUGGUAGAGUCCAACUGUGGGGCGUCACCUCUCACCAUCCCACCCAUGUCUGCUGCUACAGAUCCUUGGCAUCUGGACAACACAGAUGCAGAGUUCCCCUUUAAUGAGGAGAGAGUGAUCCCUGAUGGAGUCAACAGAGACUCAGCCAUCAUUGGAGGUAUCAUCGCUGUCGUGAUCUUCACCAUCUUAUGUACACUGGUGUUCCUGAUCCGCUACAUGUUCCGUCACAAAGGCACCUACCACACCCACGAGUCCAAGGGCAGCAGGGAGUCUGCAGGAGAGUCACCAGACACAGCCAUCAUCGGCACCGACAACCCGGAAACCAUCGAGGAAUCAAAGAAGGAGUGGUUCAUUUAGCGGCCAAUGGGAGGACUCUGAGAGAGGAUUAAUGUCUUGACCUCGUGAUGUUUUUUUUUGCGGUGGAACAAUUAACAAACCGGGCUCCUAUACUCGCAAUGGUGUUCAUUCAAACACAGACAACACUUUAUGAGGAUUUUAAUGUUUUGCAAAUUUGUCCCAAGCAGAGCAACAGCGGUAUUUUUUUAAGCUUCUUGUCUGUUACCUGACAGAGCACAGGCUGAAGUAGAAAAACUGUGUGGGAGUUUGCAUGGAUGAGGCUCAGACCAUGGUGGGGGAAAAGGAAGAGAUUUCUGGCGCUAAUCAGGAGGGACUCACCAAAUGUGCAAUGGACACGUUGUGUUGUACGCAGAAAGGUGCUUACAUAACAGCUGAUCAGUCCGAAACGUAACAAGUUCUUGACUGAUCGUUGUUAUUGGCAUCAAAUCAGAGGACCUGAAAGCAAAGCUGAUCCCUACACAUGGUGAGACGGGAGCUGGACAUACAGCUGUGUUGUUUCACAGCAAAGUGAUAUGGCUCUGACAAGGUGAAGUAUUGUUGUGAGUCUUUGAGCUCAUUGCAGCUACUAAUGCAAUGACAAGAAUAUCUUCUUCUUGCCAAAUAUCUGCAAAUGUUCUUUUUGUAGAGAUUAAACUCUAUUUUUUAUCCUUUUGGCAAAGUGAUUGUUCAUUGUAUUUAAGUUGUAUGUAUUUCGGGGGUAAAAGCAAACAGACUGAUGUUCCUAGUGUCGCACAAACGGGUUUGAUAAAAAAAUAAAAAUAACGGGAAAUGUUUUUUUAAGCAAUGUCAGUACAAAUGUAAUUUAAGUUUUCUGAUUUUUGAAACAGCUAACAGACUGAUGUAGUGGUCUUGUGACAAAUUACAUUAAACAUUGUUUGAUAAAAUUUAA